AUUUCAUUGCUUAACAAUUAUAUUUUCAGUCUCCAUGGUGAAACUCAAUCCUCACCCCACAAGAAAAAGAAAAAGAGCGAGAAAGAAAAAGAAAAAGGAAGAACUACAAAAGAAAGAAGAAGAAGAAAAACAUGGACAAAAUAAAGUUAAAUACCUGAAGGAGAAAGUGGAAGAAGCAGAAAUGAGACACGGAUGAACAGUGUCACAGCAGCGCCGAAAUGGCCCCACAAUCACCGUCCGGCCAUGAAAAACCACCGGACCAGGGCCAAAAGGAGCGUCUACUAAAGGUGCACACAACCAUCCAAACAUCGUCCCAAAACAAACCCGGAAUUGCUACAAAUCUGCAACACAAUAAUGCAAGCAUUGUAGUAGUUCAUCGCCUAAGCGCUUCAACAAUUUCACAGGCCGUUUCUGGGACGAAUUAUAAAAUUCCACGUCAUGGAGAAUUUCCCCGUCAUCAGGCGCACAUCAUAACAAAAUUUCAGACAUUUCCACCAUGGGAAACGCCUCCUCUGCUCUGAAAAUUGACGGGGAAUCAGAACUGGUUGGGAAUGGAGUUUCAGGCGUAAAAUUGCAUCAAACUCACUGCAAAUCGCUUCCUACUGAAGUGGAGAACACAACCAAGGCGUCAUUUGGCCAUGGGUAUCAUCAAUUCUCCUGUAAGAUCACAAAUCUAACUGAGACACAAGGUACUCGACAAAAUGACAAAGUCAUGGCUAACCAAAAUCCAGAAAUUCCAAUGGAGUUGGGAGACAUAAAAGCAAACACUAAUCCAUCCACAACAUACGCUACAAGAUUGCUCGCGCAUCAAACAACUCAAAAUCCAUCAAAAACAACGCUUAAACCUAUUGAGCUAAUACAUGGUGAGCCUACUGUCAUAUUUACUACGGAAGAACUUAGGCAGUUUACUGUCGAAGAAGGUUUACACCAGGCCCUAGUAUUAAAAUUCUCCUUCGAACAACUGGACAUGCAAGAACUUCGAAAGCUUCUACCGAAACUUUUUGUAACUAAAGGACGCAGCUUGAUCGGAUGGUUGGCAAGACGACACAUACUUAUCAGAUUUGAUUUGUAUGAAGAUUAUGUGGUAGCAGCUUCUAAAGUUGUUAAUUAUAUGCUCGUUAAUGGUGAGAACCAUCAGUUUAGAGUUUUCCCUUGGACUCUUGGUUUUAUUCCUAAGGAAGAAACAUCUAGGGCCUUUGUUUGGAUAUCGCUGCCUAGUCUACCUCCGAUGUUAUUUGCCAAGAAAUCUCUACUGUCAAUUGCUUUAGCUGUUGGUAAACCAAUAGCUGUUAAUAAAGCCACACAAGAAAAAUUGAGGCUUAGCACAGCAAGAAUUAAAGUUGAGCUGGAUCUACUGGACAAGAAACCAAAUAGAGUAAGGAUUCAUUGUGUCUAUGAAAUAACUGGGCAGAUUAUUGAACAAUAUCAGGAAGUUGUGUAUGAUAGUUUGCCGCAAUUUUGUUCGUAUUGUAAACAUCAAGGGCACGAAGAAAAUAGCUGUCGUUUGCUUCAACAAAAGCAUGCUUUUACUGAAAGAGAAAAUCCUUUGUAUGAAGGCAAAAUUGUUGAGAAGUAUCAAGGAGAUCUAAGGAAUAUGUUGGAUGAAAAGAAGAAGGCUGUUGAUGUGUUGUCUACUUCUAAUGGUGGUGCUCCUAUGACUGAGAAGAGGAGUGCAGAUGGCAUGACUAUGUUAUCACUGGCAGAAGUUGUUUCUCAGGAAUUGAAGUAUCUCCAAAGAUCCUAUGGGUGAUCGACUUGCAGCUGGAGGUUCUAAGUGUUCAGUUAAUGAACCUGGAAUUCUUCAGCAUAGGGUGAUCGACAGUACAGAAGUUGGGAAUGCACGAGCAACUAAUGAUAAGAAGUAUACAGCAGUUGCAGUGUUUGAAAACCCGGAAUUGAACCAGCAGAGGUAGGUUCAAACCUGGAAGCAAAUGUUAUAGUGAAAUCACCUUAUGGGAAAAAUCUUUCUUCUGAUUCAAUUGUUCCAGUUGCUGAAGCCCUUGCUCGAGUUGCUCAAGACUUGAAGGCUGCAAACAAUACAGUGGUCGAUCGAGGUUUAGCUGGAACUUCUAACAGUUCAGCAAUUGAACCUGCGCAUCUUCAACAGAUAAUGGAUGAUAGUGCAUUAGCUGCAGCUAUUCGAGCAAUCUUUGCUAAGAAUAACGCAACAGUACCAGUGGCAGGACAAGAUGGUACUCGACCUAGUGCUGGGAAUUUCAAAACUACCGCUGCACAUGCUGAUCUACCUGACAAACCAGCAUAUUUAUCAGCCCAUUUUUCUGCUAAUGUACACCACGCAGCCUCAUCUACUGCUGGGGUUACUAAGGCUACUGAUACAGCUAAAACAACAGUGGACUUAAUACCUACUGGUGUGCAAGAUGAGGGGAAAGAACUGGAAGGUGUAGCUGCUUUGGUUAGUGCAGCUGGUACGAAGGUUAAGGCAGUGUUUGAACAAGCUAAGCAGCAUAAAAAACCAGCAGCUGAUCAGGCAAAAGAUAGGGCUUGGACAGUUGUAGAUCGAUCACCUAGCAAAAAAACUCUCCAGUUGUUAAAAAUCAGAUUAUAGCACCAACGCAGACUGAUGUUUCUAAUUCUUUUGAUGCAUUAAUCAAUGAGCAUGUACAUGUUAUGAAGGAGGCUGGAAAAUUUUUGCAACAGGUGGAUCAUAAUACAAUGUCAAAAUCUGGACAAAUCAGUGUUUCAGGCAGUGGGAAACAACAGGAAACCUCAAAGAACUUGGGGGCUCGAGAGACUGUCUCACAGGAAAUUGACACUGCCAAAGAUCGCAAUGCACCAGCAAUUAAAACAUCUACUGCAGCUGCUCCAACUUUACACAUAUCCAGUCCUGCUUUGGAUGAUUUUGGGAAGGGAGAGCAGCAGGUUGAUCGUGAUUCAACCUCAAAAAAUAGGCAACCAAAGUCUCCAGGCAGUAGCAAACAACAACAAUUUUCCAAUAACACAGGUGGUCGAAUAAUUAGUUCGAAGGACAUUGUUCCUGUUGGUGCGCCAAAGGCUAGGGUAGUCCAAUUGUUUACUGCAACCACAAUGUCCAGCACACCAAAGCUACAUAUUUCUAGUCCAGAAGUUGUAAAAAUCAUUAAAGACACUCAGAUGUCUAUGAUGAUGAGUUCAAAUCCUAUGAUCAAGCAACCAUUGGUCACUUUGCACACUUCGAUUCAUGAUGUCCCUUCUCAAUCGCUAGAAUCAUUUGGUGAGCAUGGUGAUGAAUCCGGGCAGCUUCUACUGACCACUGGGAACGAUUAUGAUGUGGUAAACAGAGGCGGAUUUACGUGGAGGGGGUGGGGUACAUGCACCCAUGCUCUCCUCCCUAGGCUAUGUAUAAACAGUACAAUUUUACAAUUAUCUAUAUAAAUAUGUUUGUGACCA